CAACAAGAUCAUCUCCCUAAAACCUUACUGAAAUGAUAAACUCACCUAAUAAAAAUCCCCAUUUCCGAAACCCUAAUUGAACAAUCGCCAUGAGACCUCUCGACGAGAUUGAGACGACCGCCGUCUUCAACAAGCUCCACAAAUUCGUCGGCAACAACCUCAAGAACAUCGUCCUCGAAUCUCAGGCCCACGAGGGACCCGAGCCGAACCCCGGCCGCUACUGCUUCCGAAUGCAGAAGAAUCGCGUCUACUACGUCUCCGAAUCGCUCGUGAAGCGCGCCACCAACAUCAAGCGCGACAAGCUCGUCUCGCUGGGGACGCAGAUCGGCAAAUUCACCAAGGGCGGGAAGUUCCACCUGACGGUCCAGUGCCUGAACCUGCUGGCCGCCAACGCCAAGCACAAGGUAUGGCUGAAGCCGACGGCGGAAAUGAGCUUCCUGUACGGGAACAGCGUGUUGAAGGGCGGGGUCGGGAGGAUUACGGAGAGCAUUCAAGUUAAUGACGGCGUGGUCGUUUUCUCAAUGUCCGAUGUGCCGCUGGGAUUUGGGGAUGCUGCUAAGAGCACCGUGGAUUGCCGGAAGAUGGACCCCAAUGGGAUCGUUGUGCAUCGCCACGCCGAUAUUGGAGAGUAUUUGAGGAUGGAGGAUGACCUUUAGUUCUGAUUGAAUGAUUAUUAAUGCUAAUCGUUGUUGUAUGCUGCUGUGUGACCCAAGUUCUGGUGGUUAUGUUUCCAUCUUGAUUAGCGAAUGUUUUGGUUAUGAAAUUUUGUACCUUAAUGUUUUAUUUGUCUGAGUUUGUUAGGAUUGUGAUGAGAAGUGAAGAGUUAUGGGGUGAGUUUAAUCGUUAAUUUAUUAUGAUACUUGUUCUAGUACAUAGGGAGUAGUAUGAAUUUUGUUUGUUAAUAUGAUUUUGGUGUUUGUAA